GGGAGUGCAGCGCAACAACCAACCUCACAGCUAAUUAGUUCAACCCUUGACAAAAGGUGGGCCAGUCUGUGAAAAAAGCCCCCGUGGCUCCACAAACUGCACUGGAGGACAGAAAAGAAGAGGGCUAAUAGGAGACCCUCCUCGUGUUCACUCUUUCUGGAGCUUAAAGCGAUGUUGUGAGCUCCUCCAGAGCAUGUGAGAGCUGGACCAGGAGGACUGUGGGUUAGAGAUCAUGUCUGGAGCGGAUUCUGACGAUGACAGAGCCUUCAAGGACCUGAAUGUGGUGGGAAUGCUUCACAAGUUCUGGGAGCAGAAACAAGUGGCAGGUGUGAUGAUGGAGAUGGAGAAUCUGGUAGUGUACGAGUCCAUUCCUUCACCCAGUCCUCCAUUCAUAUGCUACGUCACAUUACCAGGGGGCAGCUGCUUCGGCAAUUUCAAGCACUGUUACAGUAAAGCCGAGGCCAGACGUGACGCAGCUCGUGUCGCUCUGAUGAACUCCACGUUUAAUGAGUUGCCCUGCCGCCGGAUCACUCCUGAGUUCAUUUCACACAGCGUCAAAGAGGCCGUGAGCACCACCAGCGGUAACAUCGCAGACGCGUCUGACCCCAGUACCAGCAUAGGAGCGUACUGCCUCAUGCUGAAGCUCAACACUGGGAAAACCAUGCUGGAAUUUCAGGAAAUAAUGACAGUGUUUCAGCUGCUGCACUGGAACGGUACUCUGAAGGCUUUCCGGGACAUGAGAUGCAGUCGUCAGGAAGUGAUCCAGUACUACUCUCAGCAGCGUUUGGACGAGCGCACGCGUAGCCACAUGGCGCUGGACUGGUUACAGAAGGAGCUUCAGUCGCCCGGCCUGCUCUCCCAGGAGCUGCAGCUGGCUGUGAAGGAGCUCGGGGAGGCCCGAAGAACCGGCAGGGAACUUCGCUUCUACAAGGAGAAGAAAGAAAUCCUCAGUUUAGCUCUCAGUCACGCUGACGCCGAGGAUCUGGAGGAGGAAAUGUCCUGGAAAGAUGAGACUGAGUUUGACUGUUUGGAGGAGAGGACGACCGAUACGAAUGAAAGCUGUCAGUUUCACUCUCAGGGCAGUGAUGGAGAUUCGCUGGAGUGAAAUUUGUGAGAUGUUUUGUAUAUAAUGUACAUACUGUACUUAAAAAAAAUAGGCCUACCUUUGAUAAGUGUUCUGAUUAUGAUGUGAGUAUAACUUUUUAGGACUUUUAUUUUGUAAUGUGCGUCAUGCGGAAGUGCGCUCAUUUUUGCAAUUGUUUUAUGGCCUGUUUCCACUGAGUCCUACAGUACGAUACGGUAUGGGUCACCUUUAUCAGGCUUGCGUUUCCACUGCCAAAAUGGUAUCAAUGGUACCCUUUUGGUGGGUGUGGUGUAUGACAGAAAGUUUCAGUCGACGUCAUUCUCGCUCGAGAAAAUGUCAAAGUAAAGCAGUAUGGGUCAUUCACAUAUCAUAUAAGAAGCACAUCUCAUAAAACAGAGGCUUUAUACACAAAAACACUUGUGUAUAAAUGUUAAUUUCUAACCUUUUUAUGAACAUGAUUUGAUUAUAACUGCAGAUCAUUGAUAGCCUAACGUCUGCAAUUAUAUAAAAUAAAUAAAUAAAUGCAACAUAUAUGAACACAUACAGACCCUUACAGUCUCCAAUAUGUUACCAAUUUCAGAAAAAACUACACACAGCAUACAUUUAGUCCUUAUUUGGGUUGAAAAACUACACACAACAUAUAGCCCGAUUUCAGUGCAAACCGUGUACAGUGUAACCUCAGUUAGAGAGUAAUUCUGUCA